GAGCAAUUGAGUUGCAACAACAAAACAUUGAUAGCAUCGACUCGUCAAUAUCGUCGCGAUGGCCACCGCACUCUUCAGACAGACAGCCCGCUCUGCACUGCGAGCAUCAGCUCCACGAGCCGCUAUUGCAAACACAACCUUCACUCGCGGCAAAGCGACGCUUCCAGACCUCGCAUACGACUAUGGCGCCCUCGAACCUGCCAUUUCUGGCCAAAUUAUGGAGCUCCAUCACUCUAAGCACCACAAUACCUACGUAACUUCCUACAACACUCAGAUGGAGAAAUUGCAAGAGGCGCAGCAAAAGGGCGAUAUCCAAGCACAAAUCGCAAUCCUGCCACUCAUCAACUUCCACGGCGGAGGCCACACAAAUCAUACCCUUUUCUGGGAGAACCUCGCCCCAAAGUCGCAAGGUGGUGGAGAGCCACCGAGCGGUGCUCUUGCCAAGUCGAUCGAUUCUCACUUUGGCUCACUUGAUACCCUCAAGUCGCAAGUGAACACGGCACUUGCUGGUAUUCAGGGGUCUGGUUGGGCUUGGCUGGUGCAGGAUGUCAAUACUGGAGCGCUUCAAGUCAAGACAUACGCGAACCAGGACCCUGUGGUUGGUCAAUUUAGGCCAUUGCUCGGUAUUGAUGCGUGGGAGCACGCAUACUACCUUCAGUACCAAAACCGCAAGGCUGAGUACUUCUCAGCAAUUUGGGAUGUAAUCAACUGGAAGGCUGCCGAAAAGCGCUUCAAGUAGAGGAGACCAUGAAAUGCCGAGCAGCUACUGCGGUAUUGUGUAUAAGACAUGUAUCAAAACUGAAUUGCAGCUCCGAUGCACCUCAAU